GCCAGCAGAUGGCGACAUUCUGAAAUCACUUCCUGGUUGGAACGUAGAAGAAGAGCAGUUGAACUGGGCGGACAAACAAACCGAGAUGAUAAUGUUGAAGCAGAACUAACUUGAGGUGGUGUGGAUGAACGGUUCGGCUGAGAGAUGAGUUCGUUCGCGGGUCGGAUGAAGGAGUAUCCCACCGUGUCUUUGGACCGGUUCGACAGGGAGAACCUGCACGCGCAGGCUUAUUUCCUUUCUCACUGUCACAAAGACCACAUGAAAGGACUGAAAGGACCUCUGCUGAAGAGAAAACUGCAGUUCAGUCGAACCAUCAGACUUUACUGCUCCUUUGUGACCAAAGAGUUGCUGCUAAACAACCCAAAGUACGCCUUCUGGGAGGAAUACAUAGUUCCUCUGGAGCUGGAAAGCCCAACUCAGAUUUCCCUGGUGGACGAAGCGUCCGGAGAGAAAGAAGAGAUUGUGGUGACGCUGCUUCCUGCAGGUCACUGUCCUGGAUCCGUCAUGUUCCUGUUUGAGGGUUGCCAUGGAAACGUGUUGUACACGGGGGACUUCCGGCUGGCGGUCGGAGACGCGUCCAGGAUGGAGCAUCUGCACUCCGGCAGCAGGGUCAAAGACAUACAGAGUGUUUAUCUGGACUCCACGUUCUACGAUCCGCGCUUCUACCAGAUCCCCAGCAGGGAAGUGUGUCUGAAAGGGAUUUCGGAUCUGAUCGGAAGCUGGAUCGGCCAGAGUCCGUAUCACGUGGUGUGGCUGAACUGUAAGGCCGCGUACGGAUACGAGUACCUGUUCACCAACCUGGGAGACGAGUUCGGCACUCAGAUCCAUGUCAACAGUCUUGCGAUGUUCAAGAAGAUGCCAGAGAUCCUGAGCUACGUCACCACCGACCGCACCACCCAGAUCCAUGCCUGCCGGCAUCCCAGGGAUGAGGAGUUUUUCCAGGGCAACCGGUUGCCGUGUGGUUGCUCGGCAACCGACGGGUCGCCGCUCCGGAUCAUCAGCAUCAAACCGUCCACCAUGUGGUUCGGAGAGCGAACCAAGAAGACCAGCGUCAUCAUAAAAACAGGAAGUAGUUCCUACAGAGCCUGUUUCAGCUUCCACUCCUCCUACUCAGAGAUUAAGGACUUCCUGUCCUACCUGCAGCCCGUCAACAUUUUCCCAAGCGUCGUUCCGAUCGGACGCUCGCUGACCGACGUCACGCAGAUGUUGAGGCUGAUGUGCCGGAACCAGCCGGAUGAAGCCGGCUUCGUUUACAGACCUCUGGGCGUCCUGAAACGGAGCCGAGCUCAGCGGCCCACUGACGACUCGAGCAGCUACGACGAGCUGUUCGACGGUUUGGAUUUGGCUCCGCUCCGGAAGAAACUGAUCCUGAACCAGGAAACCCACAACGAGAUGCCAGCUGAGAGAACAGCGCCCUCUGUGGCCACGUCUUUACCUCUGCUGGCGUCUGAUUCGACGUCUGCUGCUCAAAACUACUUCGACUGCACCGAGUCCAACGGCGAGGACGAAGACGACGAAGAGGAGGAGGAAGACGAGGGAAAAGGAGACGUGAGCAAAGCGCCGAAGUGGGAGGAUUUCUUUACGGCGGAGCCGCUGAGCGACAGCCAGAACAGCCAAUCACAUUCACAGACCCCGGAUCUGUUCAGCGACGGCGACCGAACCCCGGAGAACCUGGACGCCUUCAGCCUGACGCUGUCCGCCUCCCAGUCCAACCAGUCCUCCCAGAACCUGGACGACACCCUCAUCCUGGCCCAGUCAGAACUCGAGGAGCUGCCGGCGUCUCAGGCGUCCUCUGACUUUGACGUCCCGCCGACGCCGGAGUCGAAGGCGCCGCAGGCCGACGAGCUGCUGCAGCUGUACAGGAAAUUGGCAUCGGGACAGGAAGUGGUCAUCAGAGGUCAGGCUGAGCGCGAAGGAGACGAACAUCUGAUUGGUUGAUGGACAGAAGAUCCAUUGUGGUGUGUUUUUAUUUUAGAAAAACAAGUAAGUACACCCUAUGAUCCAGGGUUCCUGUCACAUGGGCUUUGACUAGGCCGUUGAAGCACCUUUAUUGACUUUUUUUUUUUUUUUUUCAGCUGAUCUGAUAGGGCUGGGCGAUGCAGCUUAAAAUAAAUCUUUUUUAAAAAGAAAUUACAAUUGACUGAAAAUAUUUUCAAACAUAUUUAGAAAAUAUAUUUGACUAUUUCUUUUUUCACUAGUGGCUUUUAUUUCAACAACAAAAUGUCUUUGAUUGAUUACAAGAAUAAAGUCACAUUUUCAGAAUAAAGACCUAAUUUUACUAUGUGAACAUCUUAAAGUUCCUGCUACUGAAAAUAACUUGUCAUUUUUAUUUUUAUUUUGAAAUAAUUUCUACUUUAUUCUCAUAUUGUUGUCUUACUUUAUUCUAGUAAUAGAAAUCUAAAUCUUGGCUCUAAUGUUUUGUUGUAGAUUUGACCUGAAUUUAAAGUCGAAGUUAAUAAAAGCUGUAAAACAAGAUGGCCGCUCUGAGCUCUGAAUUAUGGAAACCCUAUUACAUAAUUGCUGAAAAAAAUCCAAAAAUCUAGUCUUUAAUUUUUGGAUUUAAAGAAAAGUAUAUAAAAAAUUUCAAAACCAAAAAUUGGAUUAAACUGGUUGAUCGCCCAGGUUUAGUUCUGCUGCAGAUCUGCUCUUCUAUCCAGACAAGCCCAGAUCAUUAUGCUGCCCCCGCCUUACAUUGACAGUUGGAUGUUCUCCGUUUAUCCUCAGAUGUUUUCUCUUUCCGGAGGACAAUGUUUCAGCAUCAAAGCAGCAGGGGUGUACUUAUUUUGUCACUGUUCCUGGUUUAUUUCUGGGUUCUCUUCAGUGUAAAACGUUCCUGGACUUUGUUCUUCUCUCCGAAAGCGAGACGUUUUCUCAUUUCCAAACCACUUUGACCUCAUUCAACUGCACUUUGACCUCCUUCCUGUCCUCCUGUACUUGUGCACCCGUCACAACUACAUUCCCGCUCAGCUGCCACCUUGUGGUUUUCCUGGCCUCGUUUCAUUUAAAGUGGAUCAACGGGUGAAAAGAGAGAAACGUUUGAUUGUGCAAUCGUUACCUUAUAUGGUUUGAUUUAACUGUUUAAUUAACUUGUUUUUGUAUUUUGUCACAUUUCUUUCUAAAGAUGUUUAUGAGAAUAAACCAAGAAUAAAAAAUCCCAAU